AUGAAUUCGACUUGGUUCGUCCUAAUUUCACUCAUCAUCUCGUAUUUCGGCCUGGUACUUGCUGGAAGAGACUUUUACAAAAUUUUAGAUGUUUCGAAAAGUGCCAGUUUACACGAAAUUAAAAAAGCAUACCGCAGAUUAGCCAAAGAACUACAUCCGGACAAGAACCAGGACGAUCCUGAAGCCUCUACGAAGUUCCAAGAUCUUGGGGCAGCUUACGAAGUACUUUCCGAUGAGGAGAAAAGAAAAAAGUACGACCGUUGCGGGGAAGAUUGUUUGCAGAAAGAUGGUAUGAUGGACGGCGGAAUGGAUCCGUUUGCCAGCUUUUUCGGAGAUUUCGGUUUUCAUUUUGGAGGCGGAGAGCAAAGGAACGAAGUGCCUAGAGGGGCAGAUUUGGUUAUGGACAUUUUUGUUACUUUAGAUGACUUGUAUACAGGUAAUUUCAUUGAAAUCACAAGAAACAAGCCGGUAAUGAAACCAACACACGGAACAAGAAAAUGCAAUUGCCGACAAGAAAUGAUCACGAAAAGUUUGGGUCCCGGCCGAUUCCAAAUGAUGCAGCAAACUGUCUGCGACGAAUGCCCCAAUGUCAAACUAGUCAACGAAGAAAGAACCUUAGAAUUAGAAAUUGAACCUGGCAUGGUGGACGGCCAAGAAACCAAAUUCUCUGCAGAAGGCGAACCGCAUUUAGACGGUGACCCAGGGGAUCUCGUUUUGAAAAUCAAAACUCAACCGCAUCCGGUGUUUGAAAGGCGAGAGGAUGACCUCUUUACCAAUGUUACCAUUUCGUUACAAGAUGCCUUAGUAGGUUUUACUUUGGAAUUGAAGCACUUGGAUGGUCACACGGUAUCAGUAACAAGAGACAAAAUAACUUGGCCUGGAGCCAGGAUUCGUAAGAAAGGCGAAGGGAUGCCUAAUUAUGAAAAUAAUAAUCUACAUGGAACUCUUUUUAUUACUUUCGAUGUUGAGUUUCCCAAACAAGAGCUUAGUAAUGAAGAAAAAGAAGCGAUCAAAAAGAUAUUAAAUCAACGUCCCAACAACAAAGUGUACAACGGCCUGAGAGGCCACUGA